AUGUUGGGUUGGAGUUGGUCGUGGAAACCACAAGGAGGAAAUAGUAAUGGUAAUGGCAAUGGUAACCGUGGUGGUAAUGGGAAUCAGAAUGGUAAUCAGAACUGCGGUGGAAACGGAAACCAGGCUGGAAACGGAAACCCAGCCGAAAAUGGAAACCGAGGAGGACACAACCACAACAAUAAUCAGGGUGGUACUGGGAAUGGACGCGGUCAAGGUUGCUUUGGUUGUGGUGAAAUAGGGCAUUUUAAGCGGGAUUGCCCAAAGAAUAACCAAACUCGUGGAAGAGUGUUUAACAUUGGAGCUAGGGAAGCUCGCCAGGAUCCGAAUGUAGUUACUGAGUUUAAGAAUAUACUUGGCUUAGUAGCAAGUAAGUUAGAUAUCCCAUACUCGAUUGAACUAGCUAAUGGAAAGCUAGUAGAAGCCAAUGAAGUGAUUAAAGACGGUGUUAUAGAGCUUGGAGAGCGUGAGUUUUCAAUAGAUCUUCUGCCAAUUGAGUUAGGAAGCUUCGACGUUGUUGUUGAGAUGGAUUAG